AUUGGGAAGCUACGUCAGUGGCUGUGAAAUGAGAGGGAGUUUGUGACUGAAGAAAAGCAUUGCAAUUUAAGUGAAACGUGACAUGUUGCUUGAUUUAAAACAACAAUUCCAACUAUCAUCUGAGAUAUAAUUCGGUAGAUUGCACCGAAUUUGAAAAUAUUUUCGGGGAAAGACCGUUCUGUUUUGCCCUACUUACUCUGGUGGCAGUUAGCAUAACUAGCCAGCCCCAUUGUUGUUUAUUGUGUUGAGUGGUCAAGAACGCUCGGAUGCGUUUCAUUAUUUUGUUAGCUAUGAUGCUAACUACCGACCAAAUUGGCCAUUGAUUUGCAACCUGCACAUUUUUGAGUACCAUAAAUAAACAAUAAUUUCAGUAAGUUCCUACCAAAAAAAAUCAUGCCGGAGAUUAAACUCAAACACGUCGUGUCCUGUAGCAGUGAAGACAACACUCACAAAGCAGAAAAUCUCCUAAGUUCGGACACCUACAGAAAGUGGAAAGCAGCGAAACCUGGGGAGAAACAAACCUCCGUCAUACUACAGUUUGAGAAGGAGGAGCAGGUGCACAGUAUAGAUAUCGGAAAUGAAGGAUCUGCUUUCAUCGAGGUUCUUGUGGGUCACUCCACCUCCGUCAAAGACCAAGACUAUCAGGUUCUGCUGGUCACCUCCUCCUUCAUGUCUCCCACUGAGAGUCGCGGCGGCACCAACACUAACCGUGUCCGGCUGUUCGGACCCAACCAGCUGGUCAAGGCCACUGCACAGGAGAAGUGGGACCGGGUCAAAAUCGUCUGCAGCCAACCCUACAGCAAGACCAUUGCGUAUGGAAUUGCCUUCGUGAAGUUCCACUCCCCCCCAGACAACAGUGACCCGCCCGCAGCCACGCCGCCGAAGCUGACGAAGCUGGGCCAGUUCCGUGUGAAGGAGGAGCCUCCGAGCUCCGCCCCCCCUCUGCAGCCCGGCAGCCUGUUCUUCAACAGAGAGGGCGCCUCCAAACCGAGCCCCGCGCACAGAGCCUCUCCUCAGAGUGAGAAGCUCAGCUACGCUGCCGCAGCCCUCCAGUCUGGAGCUGCCCCCAGCUCCGCCCACAGCACGUCAGCCACGCCCCCUACGCAGGCUGCGGUGAAGAGGAAGUUUGAGUUCAGUAAGGAACGCCUGUCAGCUCCGGCCCCUCCCCCGUCCAAGAAAGCCAGUCCCAUGGGCUCUCCGGAACCAGGCGACGGCACCCCCAAAACCAAACCCAGGCCCGCUUCCGCAAGCACCCCCAGCCCCAGCACAGUCAAAGCUCCUGCUGCAGCCGCGGCUCAGAAGACUCCGGAGAGGAAGAGGGAGAGCCUGCCCAAAUCGGAGCCCAAACCCAAAGCCAAACCCAAAGCCAAAGCCAAAUCACCAGAGCCGGUGCCGUUCAACCGCAUCCUGGAGGGGGUGGUGGUGGUGCUCAGCGGCUUCCAGAACCCCUUCCGGGGGGAGCUGCGGGACAAGGCCCUGGCCCUGGGGGCCCGGUACCGACCCGACUGGACCCCAGACUCCACCCACCUCAUCUGUGCGUUUGCCAACACGCCCAAGUACAGCCAGGUGAAGGCGGCGGGGGGAACCAUCGUGAGGAAGGAGUGGGUUCUGGACUGCCACAAGAGGAAGCAGAAGAUCUCACACAAACGAUACCUGAUGGACGGGGCGGAGUCCAGCUCAGAGGGGAGCGAGGCAGAGGAGGAGGAACAGAGCGAAGAGGAAAGGGAGAAAGGGAAAGGGAAAGCUCAAAAGGAGGUUAAGCAAGCCACGCCCAAAAAGCUUCCGGUGAAGAGAGAAGAGGGAGAUGAGGAGGACGAGUUUGGGGGCUCCACGGACGUGGAAGAAGCAGGGAACGACGACUCUGGGAUGGACACCGAGGACGAGCUGAAGAGGGCGGAGAGCGAGAGCCGGCGGAGGAGAGGGCCGGAGGGCGCGGGCGGGGGGGCCGGGGGGGCCAGCGAGGACCCCUACGCCGGGUCGACGGACGAGAACACCGACGCAGAGGCCGAAGAGGACAAACCCAUCCCCGACCUUCCAGACUUCCUGACUGGAAAACGUUUCUUCCUGUACGGCAAGUUCCCCCCGAGCGAGAGGAGGCUGUUGCUGCGGUACAUCGUCGCGUUCAACGGCUCUGUGGAAGACUAUAUGAGUGAGAAGGUCCAGUUUGUCAUCACCAGCGAAGGGUGGCACGACUCCUUUGAGGAUGCCCUGAUGGAGAACGGCGGUCUGAGUUUUGUGAAGCCCAGCUGGAUAUUCUCCAUUAACGAGCGUCAGAAGAUGCUGCCGUACCAGCCUUACACCGUGGUCCCCUGAGCGCCCGGGCCUAGGACCCAGGAUCAGCGGAGCAAGCCCCCGCCCCGCGCCCACCAACCCCCCAGCCAUUUAGGGGGUAGGGGGAGGGGUUGUUCCUAAGCUGGUCCAGAACUCUUGCUUUGGGGUAACAUUCAACUUCAAAGGGUUUUGGGGCUUCCAAGUUCCCAGCUAGGCCACUCACUGCUGAGGCAAACGACUUUACCCAGAAUGCACCAGUAACCCAACCACCUCCUCCCUCCCCCACCACCCCCCCCCCUAGCAAAUGACUUGUGACUGCAGACUGAUGCCGUUUGACUAAUUGGCAAUAAUUCCACCCACACACACACACACACACAGUGCAGACUCAUUACGUGGCCAUCCACACCCUGCUUUUCCUCAUUGGCUGUAUUCUGCUGUCGCCGUGGAAACGGACAGAGACGGUGGUAGUAGUGGCUGGCGGGUUUUACAUGGUGGAGGCCGAAAUGUAACCUGCUAAAUCAGGCUUUGGGUUCAACCUGUUCUAACGUGUUUAAGCUCGAUCAGCACAGCCUGCCUUGAGUUGUCUUGAGUCAUCCACUUCGCAAAUAAUCAGUCUUAACAGUGCCUAUGUUCCGUUUCUGUGCGUAUUUAUGCAGCUCAAUUGAAAGCUGCAGCGUUCUCUUUUCCUUUCUUUCCGAAUGUAAAUGAUAGGGCGGUCAUCAGUGAAAUAAAUGUAGCAUCUCAAUUCUAGCUGUGUAUCACACCAGAAAACAACUCUUCAGGCAAUUGCUGCUUUUCCAGUGGCAUUUGAACUCCGGUCUGUUGAGAUCACAUUAAUGGAUCAUAUGUCUGCAGUUUUGACACAAGCCAUUAUUCCACAAAUAAUCUUAGUGAGUAUAUGAUUUUGUGAUGCACAGAAAAUUAGUGGCACCACAAAAAACGAAUAAUUUGCGUUGAAAAUUGAUUAUCCAGGUCAAUUAAGUCUUUGACAGUAUGAAGAUCAAUGGAAACGGGCUAAGAGCGUUCUGUGUCAGGGUUGCAGUCAAUUCACUUCCUGUUCAGAAAGUGAAUUUGAAUUGAAUUCACAAAUUGAUAAAUGGACGUGCCUCUCUAUGAGGAUUUUUCCCCCGGCUCGCAGGCACUGGCGCCGUGGG